UUGACGCUACAGAUAACUGUACACAUCCAGACAUGCAAAAAGUUUGACCAAAGUACUUUUCGACACAGAGAAGAAACAUGUCCAGACGUCAAGAUGCCAGUGAAGAGCUCACAGAAGUGCUCAAUGAGCUCUGGCGUCUUGAUACCAACCGGCUCAAACCAGGAAAAGACUACAUCAUCUCUCUACAAGGUCGAGCAGGUUAUGUGGCACGAGGCAGUAACUACGCCAGAGACCGAGCCAGAGACCCAUUGUUUCAAUAUGUGAACACAGACAAACUCAAGCACAUCGAGACAUAUGCACAUUUCAUCAACCUCUUGGACAACUAUGAGAUAUCGACUGGAGUUGAAGAGACAGUCACUACUGAGGAGAUGAGAGAAAACAGGCUGUUUAUCGAUGCCAUUGUGGAGACUGAGGUCAUGAAGUGUGCUCAGAAAUACCUGAUGAGAAAGGGCCAGUCCUCAUCAAACAUCAUGGAUUUUAAGAGGCAGCUGUACGACAUCUGGUUUAGACUGUAUCACAGAGAGAGAGGAGGAGGGGAGGAUUCGUGUGGAUUUGAGCAUGUUUUUGUGGGAGAGACUAAAAACCACAAGGAGAUAAUGGGUCUUCACAAUUGGGUCCAAUUCUUCCUUCAGGAGAGACACGAACAUGUGGACUACAAGGGCUAUAAGGCGCGGGCCAACAAGAACACACCCGAUGAGGAUGAUCAUGUCCUAAACUUGCAGUUCAGUUGGAAGGGGCUUGUCAAACCAGUGGGCGGGUCUUUUAUCGGAGUGAGUCCUGAGUUUGAAAUGGCUCUCUUCACCAUCAUCUUCCUCAUGUCCAAUGAAAAGAAGACUUCUGUCGUGGUCAAAAUCGAUGAAUAUGUUUUAGAGCUGGUAGUUUAUCGUCAUGGGAGAUCAAUCGGCACGUCUUACCCUAUACUACUCAGCAGCAACCACAGAGAUCUGUAGAAAUAGUCAAAUGUACAGGGCCAAUUUUGCAUUCAUUCUAGGGCUGAAGAAUUUGGAAAACCU